AAUUCGAAGAGCGUUGGCACCUGACUCUGAUCAACAAGUGGCAAGUGGAAAGCAGAAAGUCCUAGUACGCGGUGAAGUGUUCGGUUUCUGAAAAGUUCACUAAAAGUUACCAAAACAAAAUUUCGAAAGAAAAUUAUAACUGACGUCGGACAAUUUGCGUGCAGCUUGCAAAAUAAUAUUUAUUGAAAAAUGUGGUAUAGCAAGUGCAGUUGGACAUUGGUGGUGUUGGUGGCGCUCUUUGCUCUCGUGACAGGUUCCUGCCUGGAAUACGGACAUUCCUGUUGGGGAGCUCAUGGCAAGCGGUCCGGCGGGAAGGCGGUCAUAGAUGGCAAACAGCAUCCCUUGCCAAAUUCAUAUGGCUUGGAUAGCGUGGUGGAGCAACUGUACAACAACCAGAACAACCAGGACGAGGACAACAACGAUGACGACAGCAACAGCAACGCGAAUGCGAAUAGUGCCAACAACAUACCCCUGGCAGCUCCAGCCAUUAUAAGUCGUCGGGAGUCGGAGGAUCGGCGAAUCGGUGGCCUAAAGUGGGCGCAGCUGAUGCGGCAGCACCGCUACCAAUUGCGCCAGUUGCAGGAUCAGCAGCAGCAGGGGCGUGGCAGGGGCGGGCAGUACGAGAGUUGGAGGAAACUGCAGCAGGCUCUGCAGGCCCAAAUCGAUGCCGACAAUGAGAACAACUCGGGCUACGAGCUCACGAAGUGA